UCUUUCUCCCAUUCUCUCAGUACACUUGCAGGAACCUUUUCUUUUUUAUUUAAAUUUUCUUGUCACCAUCCAUUUUUUCAUUAUCAAGGCUUUGUUACUGUGUACCAGUACUGCCGCUUCACCAUUUUGAAUCCCCAUUUAUAUUCUCCUAUCUUCCCUUGCCUCCUUCACUUCUCAUCAUCAUUUUCAUCUCAAUUCUCUACCUCGUUGUCAAUCAUGGCUUUUCACUCAGCUUUCUUUCUUCUUUUGUUCUUCACUACUUUCUCCAUUCCUCCUUCUCAAGCUCUUACUCCUGCUAUUACUAACCAGUCUCAGUUCUUCAAUCUUAUACAAAAGACUGCCUCAGGAGAGUUCCUGUCUGAUUGGAAUCUUUCAGGAGGCAAAUCCUUCUGCAACUUCACAGGAAUUCGGUGCAAUGACCAAGGACAUAUCAUUGAGAUUGAUAUCUCUGGCCAGUCUCUCUCUGGGAGCUUUCCGGAAGAUGUAUGCUCUUACCUGCCAAAGCUGAGAGUUCUUCGUCUUGCUGGUACCGGUUUUUACGGACGUUUUCCUUCAGGAAUCACCAACUGCUCUCUUAUUGAAGAACUUAACAUGAGCUCUUUGUAUCUCAAUGGAACUAUCCCGGAUUUAUCACAAAUGAAACAGCUGCGUGUACUUGACCUCUCAUACAAUUCCUUUACCGGUGAUUUUCCCAUGUCGGUUUUCAACCUUGUUAAUCUUGAGGAGCUGAAUUUCAAUGAAAAUUACAAACUCAACUUAUGGAAGUUGCCUGACAAGAUCUCCAGUCUGACAAAGCUAAAAUCUAUGGUCUUGACAACCUGUAUGUUAGAUGGCGAAAUCCCACGAUCGAUAGGGAACAUGACGUCUCUUGUUGAUCUUGAACUAAGUGGGAACUUUCUCAAGGGAGAGAUUCCAAAAGAAAUCUCCUUGUUGAAGAACUUGCAACAACUUGAACUCUAUUACAAUGAACUCACGGGAAACAUACCAGAGGAGCUUGGAAAUUUAACAGAGCUGGUGGACAUGGACAUGUCAGUAAACCUUCUGACGGGAGAGCUUCCAGAAUCCAUUUGUAAACUCCCUAAGCUUAAAGUUCUACAGAUUUACAACAAUAGCCUCACAGGAGAGAUCCCAAAUGUGCUAGCCAACUCAACAACACUCACUAUGCUAUCACUUUAUGACAAUUUUCUUACUGGACAGAUUCCUCAAAAGUUAGGGAAGUUCUCACCAAUGGUUGUCCUUGACUUGUCAGAAAAUCGCCUGUCUGGGCCAUUGCCAUUGGAUAUAUGCAGAGGAGGGAAAUUGCUAUACUUUCUUGUCCUUCUAAAUAGCCUUUCUGGAGAAAUACCAUCAAGCUAUGCUGAAUGUGUUUCACUUUUAAGGUUUAGGAUUAGUUUCAAUCAGUUGACGGGAACAAUACCUGAAGGAGUUUUGGGUCUUCCCCAUGUUUCAAUUAUUGAUGUUGCUCAAAAUAAGCUCACUGGUUCCAUUUCAAACUCUAUCUCACAAGCAAGAAACUUGUCAGAGUUGUUCUUACAAGGAAACAGGAUUUCUGGAGUUAUACCACCAGAGAUUUCAGGAGCAGCCAAUCUGGUGAAGCUUGAUCUUAGCAACAAUCUUCUCUCUGGUCCAGUGCCAUCACAGAUUGGCGAUCUGAUGAAACUAAAUCAGGUAAUGUUACAAGGAAACCAACUGGAUUCUUCAAUCCCCACUUCAUUCACAUCUUUAAAGUCUCUCAACGUUCUUGAUCUCUCGAACAAUCGUUUAACCGGGAAAAUUCCAGAAAGUUUGAGUGAAUUGUUCCCAAGUUCUUUCAAUUUUUCGAACAAUCAACUUUCGGGUCCAAUUCCUUUGUCUUUGAUUAAACAAGGGUUAGCAGAUAGCUUUUUCGGCAACCCAAAUCUAUGUGUUCCACCGGCGUAUUUCAUUUCACCAGACCAAAAAUUCCCCAUUUGUUCAAAUUUUUCCUUUAGAAAACGUCUAAAUUUCAUCUGGGGUAUCGUCAUUCCAUUGAUCGUCUUCUUCACCUGUGCCGUCCUGUUUCUAAAACGACGAAUCGCAACAAGAAAAACAUCAGAGAUCAAAAACGAAGAAGCCCUGUCUUCUUCUUUCUUCCAUUUACAGAGCUUCGACCAAAGCAUGAUUCUCGAAGCCAUGGUGGAAAAGAACAUUGUGGGUCACGGUGGAUCAGGAACAGUUUACAAAAUCGAGCUUGGAAAUGGAGAAAUCUUCGCCGUGAAGAGGCUAUGGAAUCGAAGAGCAAAACAUCUCUUCGAUAAAGAAUUGAAAACAGAGGUCGAAACCCUAGGAACAAUUAGGCAUAAGAACAUCGUGAAACUCUAUAGCUAUUUUUCAGGUCUAAAUAGCAGCCUUCUUGUUUACGAAUACAUGCCAAACGGAAAUCUAUGGGACGCCCUUCAUAAAGGGUGGAUUCAUCUUGAUUGGCCCAAGCGCCACCGCAUCGCGGUGGGAAUCGCUCAAGGUCUCGCUUAUCUCCACCACGACCUCUCGCCGCCGGUAAUUCACAGAGAUAUCAAAACCACAAACAUUCUAUUAGAUGCAAAUUACCAACCCAAAGUUGCAGAUUUCGGGAUCGCUAAAGUCCUACAAGGAACUAAGGAUUCAACGAACUCUGUAAUCGCAGGGACAUACGGCUAUUUAGCUCCUGAAUAUGCAUAUUCAUCAAAGGCAACAACCAAGUGCGAUGUGUACAGCUUUGGAGUAGUGUUAAUGGAGUUGAUAACAGGGAAGAAGCCGAUUGAAACCGAGUAUGGAGAAAACAAGAACAUUGUGUUCUGGGUUUCGAACAAAGUGGAUACAAAAGAAGGGGUUCUUGAAAUUCUUGACAAUAAAUUAAAAGGGUUGUUUAAGGAUGACAUAAUUAAGGCUCUGAGAAUCGCCAUUCGCUGUACUUACAAGAAUCCAGUGCUUCGACCCGCCAUAGGAGAGGUGGUUCAGCUUCUGCAAGAGGUGGAUCCUUGCAAAUUUGACCAUCCCUUCGAAGAUGUUGAAAAAGGAGAAGAUACGUAUAUGAUGUCACUAAAAUAAAGUAACCUUUUUCAGUCCAAAAUCAAAGGGGUCACCCUUUUUUUAAAAAAAAAAAAAAAAAAUCUCUUCUUUUUUAUUUUCUUCCUUAUAUGUAUGAAUGUAUGAAUGAAUUAUAUUAUAUGAUAAGAUAAGUGCUUCCUCCAAUACCAGAGGGAAGAGGGAGAGUCAAAGAGAAUCAAAGUUGCUCUCUUUCCCUCUUUUUAUAGUGUUUUUCUUUAACUCCCUUUUUGAGUUCCUUUUCAUAAUUUUGUUAUUCUAUUAUGUGUAAUAGAUGAAAUAUAUGGGUUAUAAUUUUGUUUCUUUCUUUCA